AGCAAGUCAUGCAGGAUAUGGUUGGAGUGAGACGUCUUUCUGACAAGCUGUCAAAGUAUUUGUAAUGCAAGCUUUAAAUAAGGACGCAAGUAGUACAACGUCACCCCUUACAGUUAGUUGAAGCCGUUUAUCGAAAGAGAUACAUCUUACGGAAAGAGAAAAUGGAAGAUGACAUACUAACGACGCUGAAAAUAUUGAUAAUCGGAGAAAGUGGGGUUGGGAAAUCCAGCCUUCUUUUGAGAUUCACAGAUGACACAUUUGACCCAGAACAGUCUGCUACAAUAGGUGUUGACUUCAAAGUCAAGACCAUUUCUGUGGAUGGCAACAGGGCAAAGUUGGCAAUAUGGGAAAACCAUGAGGUAGACAGGGCUGAAGGGCUGAAGUUUGCAAGAAAACAUUCCAUGCUUUUUAUAGAGGCGAGUGCAAAGACAAAAGAUGGUGUUCAAUGUGCAUUUGAGGAACUAGUUGAAAAGAUCAUCCAGACUCCUGGCUUGUGGCAGAGUGAGAGCCAUGGCCGAGCAGUCCAGCUCACGGACGAAGAUGCCGGAGGUGGAACCUGCAGUGGCUACUGCUCCAUAUUUUAAACAACUACACACAUGUUCAAAGAACUGCAGUUGAGGUCUGCUGCAACUCUUCCUCCUGUAAACACACACUUUUUUUUUUUUUUUUCAAGGAAUAACACUUUCCCUUGCGUUUUGUCCUCAGCUCAGGUUCCUUAUUAGACAAAGAGGCCAUGGAGGUAUGACUGAGCUGAAAAGGUUGAUAAUUCAUACGCUUUGUGCUCACAAAGACUAGUUUGCACAUUUUGUCACAGGAGCACUUUGCUUAAAUACAAAUUCAGCUCAACAUUCAUUUUAACAGAAAUUCAGUGUUUUUUCUCUUCUGCAUUUUGUUUUGCAGUUUAAUGAAAUGUCAUGACCUUAGUCAAAACUUUAACCAUUCACAUUUGAAAAUGAGCUGUGCAGUUAGUUUGAGCUUAAGCUUAAACCAAAGUUUUUCAGAAAUAGACCUAAGUUUCUAAAUGACAAUGUGAAUGGAAAAAAAUUUGAUUAAAGGUUAUUUGCAUCUCUUGCAUAUUUUACUUUGUUCCUGGAGUGUUGCAUUCACAACAUACUCCUGAGGCAGAGCAGACUUCUGUUGUCUUUUCUCUGCUUUGUGCAUCAUCUCUCCUUCCCUGCACAGACUGACUAUUAUGCUGCUUAUGGAGAGGCUUAUCAUGCCAAGCCACGCUGUGUUCUCUCUACUUUUAGUCAUAGACUUGGAUCAUGUGUUUCUGUUGUCCACACAACUGCCUCAUUUCUUUCCAAGUGUUUGGAGCAACAUCGUAUUUCUUUUAUUGACUUGGACUUAGAACCUUUGCUAAGGAGUGUAUAAAUCAAAGAGACUGGCACCAGAUGGCUUUUCACUGGCUGCUGAAAUGGAGAGAGCCUUCUAAGAUUGCACGCUGUUUUUUGGAACAAGUUUAUGUACUGGAGUGUGACUAACUGGCACUUGUUCACUCAGAGUGAUAAUAUCAGUAAUAUCACUAGCUAUGUUAAAAUAACUUGUGUGGUUAGUUUUGACUGGUCAUAGACAAAGGAAAUGUGUUCAAUAUUAAAUAAAGCACUGAGUAAUCAGGGUGUCUCAAGAGGUUUAGGAAAAUCAAAGGAAAGGCUUGAUUCUCCUUGCUGAUGGAUUUCACAGUGCUACCUUUUAUGUAUUAGUAUCUGAGAAAAACGUUAAAGUAUUCUGUACGCCAAACUUCUGACUUUCAUUGCAGUAUUUUAGUGCUGGUAUAGGCUCCAGGUUUGAUCUCCUAUUAAAACAAAAGUGCAAGUGACAUGGAUUAAUGCAUGUCUUACUACUUGUUUCUAAAGCUUGUUUUAAUUGCAUGUAAAAUGUGCCAUCAUUCAGUUUUUGUUUUAGCCUGUUGACCCUCGUAUAAAAAGAUUACCUUUUAGAUACCUUGUUGAAAUAAAAUGAUCACAUGUACAAUAACUAUUUUAAUUUGAUAAUAUAAAAGAACAAAAUAGAAGUAAGCUUUUACAUAUUUAAAUCAAUAUUACUGCAAGAAAUACAUUGGGACGUGUACCUUGUAAAUUGUUUAUUUUAUGAAUUUGUUGGUAUAAUUCCUGUAUGAAUUGUAAAGCUGACUGUAUACAUAAUUCACCACAAACAGCCUGAUAUGUUAAACUAAAUAAAAUUCUUUUUUAAGUGACUAGA